UAUGCGCGCAAUUGCAUGGCAAGAGGUGCCACAUCGAAUUGGACUGUAACCAGAAGUUCAGAGCGCCUAUAUAAAGCGGGGAUCAUCACCUGUUUACUCCACAGACACAAGCACACAACCAGCCCUAGAUCGACAAGAGAGGAAGUAAAAAGGAAGAAGAUGAUGAGCACCAGGGCCCUCGCUCUCGGCGUGGCUGUCGUCCUCGCCUUCGCGGUGACCACGCACGCCCAGAGGUGCGGCGAGCAGGGCAGCGGCAUGGAGUGCCCCAACAACCUCUGCUGCAGCCAGUACGGCUACUGCGGCAUGGGCGGCGACUACUGCGGCAACGGCUGCCAGAACGGCGCCUGCUACACCAGCAAGCGCUGCGGCAGCCAGGCCGGCGGCAAGCUAUGCCCGAACAACCUCUGCUGCAGCCAGUGGGGUUACUGCGGCCUCGGCUCCGAGUUCUGCGGCGUCGGCUGCCAGAACGGCGCUUGCAGCACCGACAAGCCGUGUGGCAAGAACGCCGGUGGCAGGGCUUGCACAAACAACUAUUGUUGUAGCCAGUGGGGAUCCUGCGGUAUUGGCCCGGCCUACUGCGGUGCAGGCUGCCAGAGCGGCGGCUGUGGCGCUGUAUUCGCCGAGGCCAUCGCCGCCAACUCCACCUCCACGCUUCUCAAAGAAUGAUCUCGCCAUGGCAGUAUUGCAACGACAAAUAAUCCAUGGUAGUCUCAUUGCCACCUACGGUUUCCCUUCGGUUACUUUUAGUAGUACUAGUCCUUAAUAAUUCUCUAGCUUGCAAUAUGACAUGCAGGUUACUGCAGCAGUAACAAAAUAUUGCUGCAGUACAUGCAUGGAGAUAUUACAGUGAGACGUACUGUGUGGCAAUGUAGGGUGUGCUAUUGUUGCCACAAAUUUAAUUUUUCUUGUUACCUUCGGUUGUCAGGAUGCAUGCAUCCCGGUUGUAAUGUUGAAGUACUUCGUGAUUUCGUUGCAAUACAUUACCAUGAGUCUCACAUUA